AUGCGACUAGUUUCCCGCGCAGACGUUCUAGUUCAGAACCUCGCCCCAGGAGCAAGCGCCCGACUAGGCUUGUCAUUCGCAGACUUAUCAGAAAAGCACCCCUCUCUGAUCGUCUGCAACAUCUCCGGCUACAGGCCGGACGGGCCUUACCGCGACAAGAAAGCAUACGAGCUCCUUAUUCAAAGCGAAGCGCGUCUGCUCUCCGCCACGGGGACGGCGACCGAGCCAGCAAAAGUUGGUAUCUCGAUUGCGGACAUCUGCGCGGGCAGCUACGCAUACUCAAAUAUCCUUGCUGCCUUGUUUGAGCGUUAA